CCGAUAUGCGAACCCGUCGCAACAGUGGGAUCUCUGGUUCAGAGCGAGACGAACGUGUAAAAGGCAACAGAACGCGCGCAACUUCUCGAGGGAAACCAUCCGAAUAUGAUGAAGACAUACACGAACAUGACGACAGAGAGCACGCGGAUGAAAGCGAUACCGAAGACGAUGCAGAGGUAGAGGCUGCCAGUGUGGGCGACAGAGCGAGUGUGCUAUGGAUGCAAGAACAACUGGCUACCAUGGUAAACAAUGCUGCGAAAGGCGCGUCCAAGGGAAGGCUCUCAGAGACAUCACACAGAAAACAGAGCCGUAGAGAGGGUUCUUAUGGCCGUACAGAGAACGCACGCAUGCAUAAGAGUGUGGACAAAGGGAUGGGCAGGAGACUUGGCAGAGGUGUGCAUCCUGAGGACAGCCACGGCUGGGAAGCUGAGUCGGAGAGAAGCGAUGAGGGGCAGAACGGUACACCGCCGCACAACAACGAUGACAGCGACGCAGACAGUGGGGACGACACUAAACACACCCCAGAACGUACCGAACAUCUCCGAGGCUCGGGAAGUGGGCGCAAAUUUACAGGGGCAGGGGCAGACAAGCGUACCAAGCAGUACAAGCGGCAGCAGACGAGUGGCGGGGAUGAGAACGGACGUACGCAGAGAAGCGAUCGGGAGAUACGCAGAGAUAACGAUAAGGAGAGAGCAAGGGAUAGGGGCAGUCCCAGGAAACUGCCGCAUCAGCGCACGUUGACGGUGGAGGAGGCUAUGCAACGGGCAGCCAAGCAGCUGGAGAAAGAUGCGCAGAACAAGCGCAAGCGAGGCAGGCCACGCAAGUAUGUGAAUGAAUAA